AUGGCAGCUGUAAUUUCACCAACAUCAUCGCCAGCAACGUCCCCAACACCAGAUAGCUCUCCCUCAUCGAAUCCCAACCACCCCUCUCUGCCACCUUUAAAUACUUCACCAACAACAAAGCGAGCAAAUUUGCAACGUCCUAUAUCUCAUGCCUCAAAGAAUAGGUUAUCACAAUACUCGAAUUAUUCUGCGCCAUCACGAUCGCGACCCCCUUCAUACAUCUUCCCAGUCUUUCAUUCUAGCCUUCCUUAUACGACGGUCCGCGAUUUCGCAUACCCUUCAUUGCAUCCUAUGCAUUAUGGACCGCCUCUAGAACCGUCUCAACCUCCAUCGGGUCUCUCGACGCCAGCUAGCGAAUCGCAUAAACGGCUGUCAGAUCCCCCAACCUCUUGGGAUAGUCGCGGAUCUUGGGGGCCAGGUCCAUGGGGCGGUGAUGGACUCAUGAAGGGGGAACAAUUGGCGCCUAUACACUUUGGCGACGGACCUCCAUGGAGUGAAGAUGAGGAUCUGCAAAGUCCAGUUGUAGUCAGUUCACGCCAUAGGAAACACAAAUCAUCAGCAGGAGAAUACGGAGGACAUUCGCGCGGGAGAGGAAGAAUGCCUAGGGAUGGAGAGCGCAGAACAAGCAUGCUCAGCCAAGAGAACUUUGAGGAUGACCCAGGAUACUUUGCUGAUACCAGGGUUGAUGAUGGCGACAGGUUUUACGUCAACGAAGGAGAAGAGGCAGAUGGGCCUGGAGGAGAAUACGUCACAUAUCCUUCAGAGUUGGCAAGGCGCUCAAUGUUGGCGCCAUAUAACAUUCCAGGCCAACGAGACUCUCACUUCGCCGGCCUGUUACCUAGUCGCUCCUAUACAGACGAGGGUGGUCAAGAGUAUCGAUCAGAGUCUGAUGCUUCGAGUACUGCAUCAUCGCCUGGCAUGACGAAACAUGAUGAAUCGAGAUAUUCGCGCGAUUAUCAAUUCACAAUUGCUUCACCGGACGAAGAGAUGCAUGGCAAAGCCGUUGCAUUGUUUGAUUUUGAACGAGAGAACGAAAAUGAACUACCUUUGGUGGAAGGACAGGUUAUUUGGGUGUCAUAUCGACAUGGCCAAGGCUGGCUUGUCGCAGAAGAUCCCAAGACACAGGAAAGUGGCCUGGUUCCCGAAGAAUAUGUCCGGCUGCUGAGAGAUAUUCAAGGAGGAUUAAACAGUCUAAAGGGACAAGUUGAGCUUGCUAGUCCUGUGGGAGGUGACUCGGGUACUCCCACUCAAGCGGAACACAAUCAAGCAUUUGGACACAACCCAAGUUCAAGUAAUGGCAGCAAUGGAUAUCAACAGCCUGUAGUAUCUACCUUCUCAACAUCGUCCAAGGAUCUACACCCAUACCCUCAACAUCUUCUAGGCACACAGGCAGGCCAAGCUCCGCCUCAAGUUAUACAUUAUCAUGGGCAACGAGGGGGCAGUCAAGCAAAUACCCCAACUAUACCUAGCUCACAAGAAGACCUUAUAGAUAGCCCCAGCAGUCAGGAAGCCAAAAAUGGGAAUUCUGAAGAUUCAUCGAGUAGUAAUGCGGCACCUGUCGAACCUCCCCCACCAGAUUCAGAACCGAAACUUUCGCCAACAAUCGCAGUCCAAGGCCCUGAUAGUCCUAUUGAUUCUUUUCGUGAUACAGCAAACGAAACACACGAAACCACCGCUCGAUAA